GCACAACCUCUUCUCCCCUUCUCUCCCGCGCAGAUCCUUCUCCUUUUUCCUUGCGCAUCAUCAAUCGACUUCACCCAGGCCAUCGCCGCCGCCGUCAACUUCGCCCUGCGCACCAGAUCUACCGAGUUCUCUCCCAUGCCGUUGAUUUCGCUGCUGUUAAGAUCUGAAACUCUUGUGAUAUGGCCGAUGUAAAUAUACUCUCCAACUCUAAAUCUGCCAACAUAAUGGCAUAUUUAUUCCGCAUGAGUUGUUACAAUGGUUGUGGUGCUCAGGCCUCAGGGGAUGGCGGCGGCGGUGGAUGGCGACACCGGUCAGAUGGCGAUGGCAUGGAUGGUGACGCCGGUGUGGGAAGUGGCGGCGGCAAGGGGCGGCGAUGGGUGGCAAUGAUGUGGCGGCAAGGAUGCGGCAGCAGACGGCGAGGGCGGCAAGAGGCGGCGCAUUCGCCGGCGAGGGCGGCGACAGGCAGCGCCGUCUCCGGAGAGGGUGGAGGCAGGAUGUGCCGGCAGCUGGUUUGGCUCUUUCUUCAGGAGAGUUACUUCUAGGGCUUCAGAAAUUUUACAUUUUAAAUUUUAAAAUUUAAAAUAUUAAAAGAGGGGUAUUUUUGUCCAACUAUUCUGAAAGUGGUCCUAUGAAACUUGUGUUUCCUUUAUAGUCUUAAAAGAGCAAUUAACUUUUCUAUUAGUCCUAUUUGAGGCAUUAACUCUUUUUUAUGCAAGAAAAGUUUUUAUUUUAUAGCAUUUCCCCUCAUAGCCCCCAAUUUUUCCCUUUUCUUCACAGCCCCCGUUUUUACUCUAUUCUUCUUUUCAUGUACUGUUGUUCAGUUAAAUUCUCUUUUUAUAAAUUGUUUUUUCGUCC